AUGGUGUCAACAUUUCUCUCCCCGUCCCUGCACACCAAGCCCGGCGAUCUCGCGUCUCUGCACCUCCGCCGUGAUCAAUCCCUGCCCACUAUCCUUUCGACACAGGUCACCAACGCUUCCGAGCAAGGGUAUGCAGAAGGCGUCGUGACCAACACACGCUUCGGAUCAUUCCCUCAUAGCACGAUAAUCAACGUUCCCUGGGGAAGUCAAGUCCGAGCCAGUAAAGUCGACACGGGCUCCCGUGGUCGCACCACGAAAAGCCACAAGAAACGGAAGAUCGAUGACGUUGAAACGCCCUCAGUGUCCACUCUUGGAGAGGGCGCGCAGGUCAAGCAGGCUGAGGUGGCAGAAUCUGGAUUCAUUCACGUGUUGCCCCCCACGCCGGAGAACUGGACGACCAGCUUGCCUCAUCGGACCCAGGUCGUCUACACGCCCGACUACAGCUACGUCUUGCAUCGGAUCCGCGCGAGACCGGGCUCUCGGCUGAUUGAAGCGGGUAGCGGGAGUGGGAGUUUCACGCACGCGGCGGCGCGGGCAGUGUUCAGCGGCUAUGGGGAUGGGAUUGCCGGCGAGGGUCAGGCAGGCAAGGUAGAGACCGACACCGAUGGUGUCCAAGCUCUGAAUGGCGAAGAAGAGGCUCGUGGUGAAGAAAGCGAGCCUGAUGACGCUCGCGGACGGGUCUUCACGUACGAGUUCCACCAAGAACGCCACGAGAAAGUCAAAGCAGAAAUGACAUUGCACGGGCUUGAUUCCAUCGUCCACGCCACGCACCGCGACGUGUACAGAGACGGGUUCUUGGUGUAUGACUCUGACCAACAAAGGGGUCCAACCUCUCCUCGAGCUAACGCGGUGUUCCUCGAUUUGCCCGCACCAUGGGAGGCACUCCCCCAUUUAACCAGGCAGCGAGGUGCAGACGGCACACCGUCCGUCCUCGACCCUGAGUCCACAGUGCAUAUAUGCACCUUCAGCCCUUGCAUUGAGCAGGCGCAAAAGACCGUCUCGGCGCUCCGGAGGCACGACUGGAUUGACAUUGAGAUGGUUGAGAUGCAGCACAAGCGCGUUGAGGUCCGUCGCGAAUACACGAGUCAGCGAUACGACGGGAUGCGCGGAGUGAACUUGUAUGCGGCGGACGUGGACGAGGCUGUGUCGCGGCUCCGGGAGGUGGAGCAGAGGUUAAAGGAUUUCCAUGCCGGGAAGGCUGCCGGGAACGAUGGCAGGAGUGGGAAGAGGAAACAGAACAAUCGGCAGCCAGAAGCUCCCACCAAAUUACCCCUCAACGAAGGGAGACUUGUGCACCGAACCGAGCCAGAAUUGAAGACCCAUACGUCGUACCUGGUCUUUGCGAUUCUGCCGCGUGCAUGGACUGACGAGGAUGAAGCUGCAGCGCAGGAGAAAUGGGCAAAGAACGUGACAAUCGUGGCCAACGCACCCAAGAGCCAGCGACAGUUGAAGAAGCAAGCCAAGCAGGCGAAACAGGCGAAGCAGAGGCUCAAAUCGAAAGGCCAGACCGGGGACGGGACCAGGGAAGCGUCAUGGCGACACCAGGGGAAAGAGGUUGAGCAGGCCCAGCAGGCAGCAGGAUAA